CCGUCCGCGCUCGGCUCUACCCGCCCCCCGAUCGGCGUCCCCCGCCCAUGGUCCUCGCGGCGGCGUGGGGGCCUCGGAGCGCGUGAGCAGGGAGCGGAGGGCGCCCGCCCGCCCGCCCGCCCACGGGGGCGUGUGCGUAGAUAGACCCGGCGGCCAUGGCGGACCUGGCUUCCUCCUGCAAGGAUAAACUGGCAUACUUUCGAAUAAAGGAACUCAAAGAUAUUUUACAUCAGCUCAGCCUACCAAAGCAAGGAAAGAAGCAGGAUCUUAUCGAUAGGGUAUUGGCACUGUUAUCAGAUGAGCAAGGUCAAAGGCAACAGGGAUGGGGAAGGAAAACUUCUUUUACAAAGGAGGCAGUUGCAAAAAUUGUCGAUGAUAUAUACAGCAGGAAAAUGCAAAUCCAAUCUGCUCCCGAUCUAGCCAUUAGGUGCCACAGUGGAUCAGAUUUCAACUCUUUCAGGCCUAAAGAGGAAGUCAACGACUCCUUGCAGCCAGCGACUAAGGUCCGCUGCGUUUGUAGUAGUACGUUGCUAAAUGACAAUAUGAUCAAGUGCGAGGAGGACCGGUGUCAUGUGUGGCAACAUAUGAGCUGUGUGCUCGUCCCAGAUAAGCCCACUGAUGGUGUUAGCCCUGAAGUUCCACCCAAUUUCUACUGUGAAUUGUGCCGACUGAGUCGGGCUGACCCGUUUUGGGUCACUACAGGGAAUCCAUUACCCCCUCUGAAAUUCAUGUCAUCUGGUGUUGCAAAUGAUGGAACAAGUGUACUUCAAACCGUGGAGAAAAGCUUCCAACUUUCUCGAGCAGAUAGGGAAACAGUUCAGAGAUCAGACUAUGAUCUACAGGUUUGGUGCAUUCUUAUGAAUGACAAAGUUCAGUUCAGGAUGCAGUGGCCCCAGUAUGCAGAACUAGAAGUGAAUGGUAUUCCUGUACGAGUAGUGACCAGACCUGGUUCUCAGCUAUUAGGAAUAAAUGGACGGGAUGAUGGGCCACUGAUAACUACAUGCAGUAGAGAAGGCACUAAUAAAAUCUGCUUAAGAAGGGUUGAUACUCGAACAUUUUGCUUUGGAGUGCGAGUUGCUAAGAGGAGGACCGUUCCUCAGGUCUUGAAUUUAGUCCCAAGGGAAGCUGAUGGUGAGUCUUUUAAUGAUGCUCUUACUCGUGUUCGACGCUGUCUCGGAGGUGGAGAUACUGCAGAUAAUGCUGAUAGUGACAGUGAUUUAGAAGUGGUUACUGAAUCUGUUACAGUCAACCUUCGUUGCCCUAAUAGUGGAUCCAGAAUGAAGACUGCUGGAAGGUUCAAACCUUGCAUUCACAUGGGUUGUUUUGAUCUUGACACUUUCGUGGAAUUGAAUCAGCGGUCACGCAAGUGGCAGUGCCCAAUAUGUUUAAAGAACUACUCUCUUGAGAGCUUGAUGGUUGAUCCUUACUUUAAUCGGAUUACUUCCCUGUUGCGCGAUUGCAGUGAAGACAUCAAUGAGAUUGAUAUUAAGCCUGAUGGAUCAUGGCGUGUAAAGGGUGAUGCAUCAACCAGAGAGUUAUCUCAGUGGCAUAUGCCUGAUGGCACCCUUCUUGAGGAUGUGAAACCUGGUGUUGAGAACUUCAAUGAACUCAAAUUAGAAGGUACUUCUGAUGGACAUAAUAAGGGCUUAAAGAUUGGAAUCAAGAGAAAAAAUGGAAUUUGGGAAGUGAGCAACAAAGUAGAUGACAAGAAGCCUUCUGUGGUUGGCAACCACACUCAGAAUGUUAUUACUUUCCGAACUCCCAACACUUUUCCUGUGAGCAAUAGUCCAACUGGGAGUUACAGAGAUGGGGAUGAUACAAGCGUGAACCAAGAGGGCAGUAUGCAUAUUGAUUUAUCCUUGAACAAUGGUCACGAGUUUGACAGUUUUCCUCUCAAUUUUGGCCAUACCUAUAAUGCAGAGGAUACAUCACAGCAACAGCAUAAUGUUGGAGAUGUCAUUGUUCUUAGUGAUUCUGAUGAAGAGGACAACAACGUCGUUUGCCCACCAACUGUCUAUGACAAUACUACUGCACAUGAUACUGGUUUCCCUUUUGCCACCAAUGGUGCUGGAUUUACUGGAAGAUACCAGGAAGAUGCUGGCGUUGGUACUAGUGGACUUGGUUUAUUGAGCAACAAUGCCGAUGAUUUUGAGAUGAAUAAUUGGCAAAUGCAUUCUUAUCCCCAACCGGAGCAAGGUUUUCAGUUUUUUGGGAAUGACAGCGAUACUGCCAAUACUUCUGUUGGUUUGCACAGUUCCUUUAGCAUUCCACCAAACGACUAUUCCCUUGGCUGUAAUGUUGGCUCAGAGGAGGCUUCUGUAGCUCAUGAUCUUCCAGUUUGCCACAAUAGUAAUGAAAUGCAUGGAAGCUUGGUUGAUAACCCAUUGGCUUUUGCUGGCGAUGACCCUUCUUUGCAACUUUUUCUUCCAAGUCAACCUUCUUCUGUUCCCCUUCAUGAAGAACCGAGUGAGCGUGUGAAUGCAUCAAAUGGGCUUCAGUCUGAUGAUUGGAUCUCUCUUACACUUGCGGCUGGUGGAGGUGGUAAUGAAGAGUCUGCACCUGCUAAUGGUUUAAAUUUGCAGCAACAAAUUCAGUCAAACGAGGAAGAAGUAGAACCAUCAAUUGAUGCUGCUUCUGCGCCCCGGAGCACAAACAAUGACAGACAUAAUGAAGCUAGUUUAAAUCCAAGAAGGAUUGAGAAAAUAUUUUCUCAUCCUCGCCAGCCUCGGUCUCGGUCUGUCAGGCCUAGACUUUGUUUAUCAAUAGAUACUGACUCGGAGUAGCUUGGACAUCUAAAUGGGAUAGUUGAGUUUGCAUUGGCAAGCCUUCCAGAAAUCCUGAUUUUUACCGAGGGUCAUCAGGUUAUUCUGGUUGAUGUAAAGAGAAACACACGCAUAGAUGCUUUGUUGCCUCACCUGGUCUACAAACUUCCAAGUGUUUCACAGGGGAUCUGCAUAGAGGACUCUGACGGUUGGUAUAGAAUUUUUUCUAACUGGGAAUCAUGUUAAUGUGGCUACUGGAGCAGCAUGUACAUUUUUGACUUUCUUUACUGGAGAGAUGGAAUAGGGAGGCCGUCCCUGGAUGCAAGACUGUACAUGUGGAUGUUUGUGUGUACCAUCAUUGUAUUUAGGGCCUGAGGCACUAAUUUUUGUAUUUAAUGGAGAAUAAAUUAUUUCUGGAGUGGCGGUGAAUAAUCCGAGCCCUUCAGUUUACUUGCAGCUGUGGAUUCAUCUGUGUUCUGCAAAGCAUGGCAAGUGAUGGGUGUUGUAUUUUACCGAGUCCCCGACCAAGGGUUCUGGUAAGCAGACUUCAGUGGUUAAACAUUCUCAUGUCAUGAUGUUUCAGCCU